AUGUAUAAAUCGGUGGUUUAUCAAGGGGAGGUGUUGUUGGGGGAGGUAGAUAUAUACCCAGAGGUGAACAACAGCAAGAACUACGAUGUGAAGGAAAUUCAAAUUUCUCACUUUUCUCAACCCAGCGAGAGGUGUCAACCACUUGCUGUGCUUCAUACUAUUACCUCUUCUGCUGUUUGCUUCAAAAUGGAGUCAAAGACACAGCAUCAGAAUCAGCUCUUUCACUUGCACUCCUUAUGUAUCAGAGAGAACAAGACUGCUGUUAUGCCGCUGUUUGGGGAAGAGUUGCAUUUGGUUGCGAUGCAUUCGCGAAACGAUGACAGACCAUGUUUCUGGGGAUUUAUUGUGGCUAAGGGACUUUAUAAUUCGUCCCUUGUGAUGUUAAAUCUCAGAUGUUUGGGUAUAGUGUUCGAUCUGGAUGAAACACUUAUUGUAGCAAACACAAUGCGCUCAUUCGAGGAUAGAAUUGAUUCACUUCAGAGAAAAAUAAACUCUGAGGUAGAUCCACAACGAAUUUCUGGUAUGCAGGCAGAGAUCAAGCGCUACCUAGAUGACAAGAGUAUAUUGAAGCAGUAUGCUGAAAAUGAUCAGAUAGUUGAUAAUGGUAAAGUGAUAAAAGCUCAAUCUGAACUUGUUCCAGCAUUAUCUGACAGUCAUCAGCCCUUAGUUCGACCGCUGAUACGGUUACAUGAAAAAAACAUUAUUUUGACACGCAUCAGUCCACAGAUUCGCGACACAAGUGUUCUUGUGAGGAUGAGACCUGCAUGGGAAGAUCUUCGGAGCUAUCUGACUGCAAGAGGGCGCAAGCGUUUUGAGGUUUAUGUUUGCACAAUGGCUGAAAGGGACUAUGCACUAGAAAUGUGGAGACUUCUCGAUCCAGAUUCAAAUUUGAUAAAUUCUAAAGAACUACUAGGUCGCAUCGUAUGUGUUAAGUCAGGUUUGAAAAAGUCUUUGUUCAAUGUCUUCCAAGAUGGCUCAUGCCAUCCAAAGACUGCGUUGGUAAUUGACGAUCGCUUGAAGGUGUGGGAUGAGAAAGAUCAACCCCGGGUGCAUGUUGUUCCUGCAUUUGCUCCAUACUAUGCUCCUCAAGCCGAGGCAAGCAAUACUGUCCCUGUCUUGUGCGUUGCAAGAAAUGUUGCUUGCAAUGUUAGAGGUGGCUUCUUUAAGGAUUUUGACGAUGGUCUUCUACAAAAGAUUCCUCAAAUUGCCUAUGAAGAUGAUAUCCAAAAUAUACCUCCUGCUCCUGAUGUGAGCAAUUAUCUAGUUUCAGAGGAUGAUGGAUCUGCUGCCGGUGGAAACAGAGAUCCGUUAUUGUUUGAUGGCAUGGCAGAUGCUGAGAUAGAAAGAAAAUUGAAGGAUGCAAUAUCAGCAGUAGCUUCAGUUAUUCCUAUGACAACUGCUAAGAUAGAUCCCAGGCUCGCUUCUUCUCUUCAGUAUACAAUGGUAUCUCCAGGUUCAGUUCCACCACCUGCAGCACACGCAUCUAUAAUACAACUGCCUCAUGCACAGUUCCCUCAACCUGCUACACUAGUAAAGCCAAUGGGUCAAGUUGCCCCUUUAGAAUCAAGCUUGCACAGUUCUCCUGCUAGAGAAGAAGGCGAAGUAGGUGAGUCAGAGUUAGACCCAGAUACAAGGCGAAGACUUCUCAUAUUGCAACAUGGACAAGAUAUUAGGGAUCAUACAUCUAGUGAACCUCCAUUUCCUGUUAGACAUCCCAAUCCCGUUCAAGUUCCUGCCCGUGUACCAUCACGCGGAGGGUGGUUUCCCGUAGAAGAGGAGAUUGGUUCUCAACCACCAAACCGGGCAAUACCUAAAGAAAUUCCUGUAGAUUCUGGUCCAUCGCGUAUUGAGAAGUACCGGCCUCAUCAACCUCCCUUUUUCCCUAAAGUUGAUGGCUCUAUUUCAUUAGAUAGAGCUCUCCACGAGGGCCACCAAAGAUUGCCAAAGGAGAUUUAUCACAGAGAUGAUCGCACAAGAAUAAACCACGCGCUCCCUAGUUAUCAUUCAUUAUCUGGUGAUGACAUCCCUUUUGGCAGGUCAUCUUCUAGCAACAGGGAUCUUGACUCUGAAUCUGGUCAUUCUGCAUUGCAUUCGGAAACACCAGCUGUAGUAUUACAGGAAAUUGCACUGAAGUGUGGAACUAAGGUGGAAUUUACAUCAUCUUUGGCUGCUAGCAAAGAGCUGCAGUUCUCCAUUGAGGCGUGGUUUUCUGGGAAAAAAAUUGGCCAGGGAUUUGGAAGAACUAGAGUGGAGGCGCAAUAUAAGGCUGCUGAGGAUUCUAUUAAACAUUUGGCUGAUAUAUAUUUAUCACGCGCUAAGGAUGAGUCUGGUUCUGCAUAUGGUGAUGUGAGUGGAUUUCCUAAUGCAAGUGACAAUGGUUAUGGGGGUAAUGUUAGUUCUCUUGGUAAUCACCCAAUGCCUAAAGAAGAGUCAGUCUCAUUUUCAGCUGCAUCGGAUCCAUCAAGGGUGUUAGAUCCUAGGUUGGAUGUCUCGAAGAGGUUAAUGGGUUCAGUCUCUGCCCUCAAAGAAUUGUGCAUGAUGGAGGGUCUUGGUGUCAAUUUUCUAUCACUGCCUGUUCCAGUGUCAGCAAAUUCCGGUCAGCAAGAUGAAGUACAUGCACAGGUCGAGAUAGAUGGCCAAGUCUAUGGCAAAGGGAUUGGAUUAACGUGGGAUGAGGCUAAAAUGCAGGCUGCUGAGAAGGCACUUGGAAGUCUAAGAACAAUGCAAGGCCAAAGUAUUCAAAGACGGCAGAGUUCUCCCAGGCCAUUUCAGGGAUUUUCAAAUAAACGUUUGAAGCAAGAACAUCCACGAACUCUGCAGCGUUUUGCGUCUUCUGGUAGAUAUCCUAGGAAUGCUCCACCAAUUCCUUGA